AUGAAUGCAAGAAUUAUUCAAAAUUUUUUGCUCUUCAGUUUUGCCUUUUCAUUUGUUUUAUCAUCAGCGGAAAUAGUUAUACCGAUUAGAAGAAAUAUCGAAGAUUCAAAUAUUUCCGUUUCCUCGAUAUUAACGAAUUAUUCAAAAGGAUCACCCAAGACGACAACGACAACAACGACCGUUACAGAUAGUGAUAAAUCAUCAUCCGAUGAUUAUCAUCAUCAUCAAGGGAAUAAUUACGUAUCAAACCGUGAAAAUUCAAAUUACGUCAUCAAUAAGGAAAAUAAUAUAAACAAAAGAAAUCGUAUGAGUUUCACGGGAAUGAGAGGGAAAAAAGAAAAUAAUAAUGAUAUAAUAUUGGAUAAUUAUAACGAACCAUGUAAAGGAACCCUCGUGACGUCAUCAAACGUCAUAGAUAAAAGAAGUUUAAAAAAUUACAAAGAACUUUUUGGCGGGAAAAGAGCUCCCCUCGCUUUUCACGGUAUGAGAGGUAAAAAAUCCGAUGAGUACGAAACAAAAUGGACGAAACCGAAUCCGUUCGGUUUAAGAUUUUUACCAACGAAUCAAAAAUUAUUAAUAACGAGCGGAUUAUUCGAAGAUGGCGACGACAUAUUAACAUUCGAAUAUCCGGAAUAUACAAAUAUUAAAAAAGAAAAUUCGGAAUCGAUGAUCGGUGAUGAUGAUGUGACCGUUAAACGUUCGCCAUAUUCGUUUCAAGGUAUGAGAGGUAAAAAAGGAUCCGUUGAUAUGAAUUUAAAAAGAACGAUGGGUUUUCUAGGUAUGAGAGGUAAAAAAGUACCUGAAAUGUUAUGGCAUACUGAUAAUAAAUACGAUAAAAGAGAACCGCAAAUGAGUUUUUUCGGUAUGAAAGGUAAAAAAGCACAAUCAGGUUUUUUUGGAAUGAGAGGAAAAAAACAAUCGUCGGAAAAUUAUUUUAACGGAAACGACGAUGGUAAGAAGACUUUAUCAAUCCCUCAAUAA